AUGCUUACUUUCCCUCAUCUACGUGUGCUCAGCCUCCACCAUGAGGUGUCAUCGCCAGAAGACGUGUACGGCUUCAUUCACAGGCAUUCAUCAUUGCUGGAAGUCAAUGUAUCCUUCUCAUCUUUCAGACAUUUCCUGAGCCUCGAAAGCCUGAUGCUGCUUGUUGAGGGUACUGGUAUCUGGACACACCAGUUCACUUUGGGCGAUGAACAUGAGAGAGAUAUGUCUCAAGGGUCGUCAAACAUCGGAUUCAAAUCAUUUGCUUUCACACGCAUGCCUCUGGCAUCUGAUCCCACACAUUCAUCUCAAGGUCCCCUUUAUGAGUUAACUAGACUCGCUUUACCUGUAAAGAUUCAAGCGGCAUUUUGGUCCAGCGAUGAGUGGGUGUCCGACGUUCCUCAGUUCCUAGCAACGGCAGACGUUUUCAGAGCUGUGGAGGAAUUGCGCCUAUCCUAUGAAAAUAUUCAGUUGUAUAAGAAAUUCACAGACUUCAUGAGAGAGAUUGGAGAGCGGCUGAAGGGUUGA